AUGGCCAAAGCAAAGUCUGAUUAUCGGGAAGAACACGGCGCUGGGGAUCGGAUCAGUGCGUCCUGCUGGGGAUCGGAUCAGUGUGUCCUGCUGGGGAUCGGAUCAGUGCGUCCUGCUGGGGAUCGGAUCAGUGCGUCCUGCUGGGGAUCGGAUCAGUGCGUCCUGCUGGGGAUCGGAUCAGUGCGUCCUGCUGGGGAUCGGAUCAGUGUGUUCCUCUGGGGAUCGGAUCAGUGUGUUCCUCUGGGGAUCGGAUCAGUGUAUUCCUCUGGGGAUCGGAUCAGUGUGUUCCUCUGGGGAUCGGAUCAGUGUAUUCCUCUGGGGAUCGGAUCAGUGCGUCCUGCUGGGGAUCGGAUCAGUGUAUUCCUCUGGGGAUCGGAUCAGUGCGUCCUGCUGGGGAUCGGAUCAGUGUGUCCUGCUGGGGAUCGGAUCAGUGCGUCCUGCUGGGGAUCGGAUCAGUGCGUCCUGCUGGGGAUCGGAUCAGUGCGUCCUGCUGGGGAUCGGAUCAGUGUGUUCCUCUGGGGAUCGGAUCAGUGUGUUCCUCUGGGGAUCGGAUCAGUGUAUUCCUCUGGGGAUCGGAUCAGUGUGUUCCUCUGGGGAUCGGAUCAGUGUAUUCCUCUGGGGAUCGGAUCAGUGCGUCCUGCUGGGGAUCGGAUCAGUGUAUUCCUCUGGGGAUCGGAUCAGUGCGUCCUGCUGGGGAUCGGAUCAGUGCGUCCUGCUGGGGAUCCGAGCCGCAGGAGUGGAGCGGAGAGGACAGAACACACACACACUGGGGAGGAGAAAACUCCGGAUGGUGCUGAGUCGCGACCCCGCUUUAAUCAGCUCUCCCUUCCGCAUCAGCCUUCAGCUCUCAGCUCUUUACUCUCACACACUAUAAAGACAGGAAAAACAACUUCAGCCGCCAUUUCCCUCAGCGCCACACCUGAGUGACGUCACGAGGCGGAAGUAGUGCACAGGUGUUCCAAGGCAGUGUGGAGAAUAAUGGAAAUGGCAUCAUCUGCAGACCGGUUAGUUCUGUAAGCAAACUGAUAUGGGUCCAGGGAUGAAGGGAAGCAGGUUUUAAUGUGUUUUAGCACCAGUCUUUCAAAACACUUCAUUAUGAGAGGGGUAAGGGCCACCGGUCUGUAGUCUGCUAAACUGUUUGCAGAUGAUUUCUUCGGAACACGAAUGAUUAUUGCUGACUUUAGAGAAGGGGGGACGGUAGCCUGGGAGAGAGAUAGAUUGAAGAUGUUGGUGAAGACAGGAGCGAGUUCAUUGCAGCAUGCUUUGAAUACCUUCCCCGGUACCCUGUCAGGGCCAGCAGCCUUCCUGGAGUUCACCAUUUUAAAGACCUGCCUCACCUCAUGCUGUUCAACGGUGAAGGUGUUGUGGUGUCCAGGGGUGUUGUGGAGGAGGAGCUUCUGGUCUCAAAGCGGGCAAAGAAGUUAUUUAGCUCCUCUGCCAGCAGGGCUCCGUCUGCUGCUGUAGCUGCUGUAUGGCUGCCUCUGUAGUUAGUGAGAUGUUGUAGCCCCUGCCAUACUCUCCUCGGAUUGUUAUCCGCGACCAGAUCUUCAAUCUUAUCUUUAUAUGCAAGCCUGGCCGUCCUAAUCCCCCUCCUCAAACCAGCCCUAGCAGUGGUGUAAAGUGCUCUGUCCCCUGAUCUGAAGGCUCUGUCCCGUGCUGUGAGGAACUGGUGGACUUGCGACGUCAUCCAUGGUUUUUGAUUUGGAAAUACCCGGAUUCGUUUAUUUAGUUACAUUAUCAAUGCAUGUGUUAAUAUAGAAAAGGACAGUUUCUGUGUACUCCUGAAGAUCCAGAUUUUCAAACGGGGACCAUUCAGUAUUUGAGAAACAGUCUUGGAGUUGUGCGAGUGCAUUGUCGGGCCAUGUUGUGAUGGUUUUAAUGCAGGGCUUAGCUGUCCUCCUAAGAGAGGUGUAAGCAGGGAGGAGAAGCAGAGAGAGAUGAUCUGAGAGGCCCAGAUGGGGGAGAACCACUGUUCUGUAGGCAUGCUUUAAGAUGCAAUAAACAUGGUCAAGAAUAUUGUUUCCCCUGGUAGCACAAUUCACAUAUUGAGUGAAUUUAGGGAGUACUGACUUUAAGCUCGCCUGAUUAAAGUCCCCUGCAAUCACAUGGACCCCCUCAGGGUGCUGUUUCUGCUGCUUGCUGAUGAGCUGGUGAAGGUGGGCAAGUCCAGUGCUAGCAUCGGGGCGAUGUAAACAGCAGUCAGAAUGACAAACACUUAUCUCGGCAGGUAAAAAGGCCUGCACAACACUGACAGAGACUCCAGAUCCCAGGAGCAGAUCCAAGGAAUUUGGAAAUUUGAAAAUAAUGAUGAUUUCUAUCCAGAUCUUAUGGUUUUGAUUCAUUCAGGCUCCAUCUUCUUGCUUUGUAAUUUAAUAGACUUUAGAAGCUUCUGUGGGGGAGUUGGAUGGUGAUACCUGCUCUGUAAAACCCCACAUGAUGAUGAGGGUCAUGUGAACAAAUUAUUCCCUGAAACUGCACAUGUGAAAUCAAGUAAAUAUGAUAAUGUGAUCAAUGUGAAAAUAAAACACUAUCAGAUUAACACGUGGAAAUACUGUAAAUUGAUGCGAAAACAAAAAUCAAAGUUAAAAAAAGAGAAAAAAAAAACUCAUUUCAGUAACGGAAUUAUCUUCUGCUCUAAACCUGUAACUAUAGAAAUAAAUUUAAUUACUUUACACUUCAAACCUUCCUCUCUCUCGCAUAAAUAAUACAUAUACACCCCAAAAUAGUCACCCUUUGGAUUUAAAUCAGUCGUGAAGUGUUUGAUUGGAUCAUUAG